AUGAUAGACUGUGAUUCUGAAUCGAAUUCCAUACAAAGUAAAUCUAUUCCAAGUGAGGCUUCUACUUCUGUUACUAACAGAACUGUUAGCAAUCACUUAGAUCAAACAAAUGAUUGUUCUGAUGAGGAUCUUGAUUUAUCAGAAAUGAUAGACUAUAAUUCUGAUUCAAAUUCUGUGCAAACUAAAUCUUUGCUAAGUGAGAAUGUGGCACCUCCUUCUGUUAACAGUCACUCGCACAAUUUAGUAGAUGAGUGCUCUGAUGAUGAUCUUGAUUUAUCAGGAAUAGAUGACUUUGAUUUAAACAGUUCUAAUUUAACAAAAACUACCAUGUGUUUUAAUUCUUCAGUUAAUGUUCCCUCACAAGGUGAUGCGAAAGGUAGUUCAAAUGAUGAUCUUGAUUUAUCAGAAAUGAUAGACUAUGAUUCUGAUUCAAAUUCUAUACAAAAUGAAGUUUUGGCUCCUUCUGAUAACAAUCAUUCACAAAUUCUGGUAAAUGAUUGUUCUGAUGAUGAUCUUGAUUUAUCAGAAAUGAUAGACUAUGAUUCUGAUUCAAAUUCUAUACAAAAUGAAGUUUUGGCUCCUUCUGAUAAGAAUCAUUCACAGAAUCUAGCUACUGAUAGUUCUGAUGAUGAUCUUGAUUUAUCAGGAAUGAAUGACUACGAUUUUGAAGAUGUGAAUUAUAAAACUACUGAUAGAAAUGGACUUAUAAAUGGAGCACCUAUUAAACAAAUAAAUACUUCUGAUUCCAUUGUUCCAGUGGCUAAAAGAAGGGGGAAAAGGACACUUGCUUUUAAAAGGAACAUUUUGAAACCGGCUAAUUUUAACUUUAGAGAUAUGAGAAUACUUGAGGCAGGAAACAAUCAGUGUCUGGUUUGUAAAAAGACUUUUAGACUCAGAAAUAAACUUCUGGCUCAUUUUGCUGUUCAUCCUCCUGAAAAUCCUUUUUUAUUUGAUUUAUCUAAAAAAUCUGAUUUUUUGGAUGCUAAGAUGAAACCUCCUGAUCCUAAAGAGAUUGAAAAGAAGCCAUUUGCUUGUGUUCUUUGCCCUAAGCGUUUUAUAAACUAUGGUCAACUUGAGGCUCACUGUAAUGUACAUACUGGAGAAAAAUCAUAUGUUUGCAAUAUUUGCUCCAAAGCAUACAGAUAUAAAGUCUGUCUUAAAGGACAUGCAAUGUUGCAUUCAGGAAAAGCGCCAUUUCAAUGCCUUGUGUGUAACAAAAGCUUUUCUAGGCAGCAGAGUCUUGAUACUCAUUCUUUGAUUCAUACAGGUGAAAGGCCUCAUGUUUGUGACAUAUGUCAUUUAACUUUCCAGAAAAAAAAUCUAAUGGUUAUUCAUUAUCAGUUCCAUACAAAUGAGUUUCCAUAUAGAUGCAAGAAAUGUGGACGUCGAUUUCGAAUCAAGCGUUAUCUUGUUGAUCAUUCUGCAACACAUGAAGAAAUGCGUUAUGCGUGUGACCUUUGCCCCAAGAAAUUUAAUCAAAAGAUGUGGCUUCGAAAGCAUAAGGAGUUGCAUGAUGGCAAGAAACUUUAUGAAUGUCAGUUAUGCUUUAAAGCUUUCAAAAGAAAAGCAGAACUAGAAUUGCAUUUGUAUCUUCAUGCUGGUCAACAACCAUUUGUUUGUGAAGUUUGCCUAAAAAGAUUUAAAAGAGAAAUUUAUUUAAAGAAACAUCUUCAGACUCAUAGCGCAGAAGAGCUAGCUGAAUUUAAUGUGUAUAAGUCAGAUCCUACGUUAAGAAAACCAACACCUUCUGAUAAUCAAAAACCAUUUGGCUGUGAAAUUUGUCAAAAAAGUUUUAAUAGGGAAAUCUAUUUGAAGAAACAUCUUCAGACUCAUAGUGCAUAG